UGUACCACUACGGACCUUACAUUUAUUGUUCUGUGUUUUAUUGAGAAUAAAACACCAUAUGGACUUGGGGAUUCGUUGCGCCGCUUCAUAGUUUUUAGUCUUUUUUUUAAGUUUAAUCAUGUUGAAAAACAAUGGAAAGAAGACAGCUAUCUCUAUAGCCAGCACAGCAUGUCUCUGUCUGGUGCUGCUCCUGGUUGCUGUGCAGCAUCACCGGGUUCAGGUGGAAGAUGAGGCAGCCAACAGAGAGGACAUCGGGACGCGCUCUCUUCUCCAAGAUGCUGCGCAGCAGGAACAGCAGGACGCGCAGGGUGCCAAGAAAGGAUUCUCGGCGUACUUCACCAAACUGACCCGGGGACGGAGGGAGGUGGAAAAGCCCGCACGGUCCUCCGCGUCCGCUGCAGACCCUUCUCCAGCCGAGGACAUCAGCGCUGAUGACAUCUUCAUCGCUGUGAAGACCACUAAGAAGUUCCACCAGUCCAGACUGAAUCUGCUCCUGGACACGUGGAUCUCCAGAAACAUGCAACAGACGUACAUCUUCACAGAUGGAGAAGAUGAGGACCUAAAAAAGAAAAUUGGGAGUCACGCAAUCAACACCAAUUGCUCUGCUGCUCAUAGCCGACAAGCUCUGUCCUGUAAGAUGGCGGUCGAAUAUGACAAGUUCAUAGAGUCUAGGAAGAAGUGGUUCUGUCAUGUAGAUGACGACAACUACGUGAAUGUUCGCACCCUGGUGAAGCACCUGUCCCAGUACCCGCACACACAGGACAUGUACAUCGGGAAACCCAGCCUGGAUCGGCCCAUAGAGGCCACAGAGAGGCUGGGGAACAACAAGAUGAAACCUGUCAACUUCUGGUUUGCUACUGGAGGAGCAGGCUUCUGUGUGAGCCGGGGUCUGGCGCUGAAGAUGAGCCCAUGGGCCAGUGGUGGUCACUUUAUGAACACAGCAGAGAAAAUCCGCCUGCCUGACGACUGCACCAUCGGCUACAUCAUUGAGUCGGUUCUGGGGGUUCCUCUGACCCGCAGCAACCUGUUUCACUCCCACCUGGAGAACCUGCAACAAGUGUCAAGAUCUGAGAUUCACAAGCAGAUAACCCUCAGUUAUGGGAUGUUUGAGAACAAGAGUAAUAUCAUCAAUUUGAAAGGGGCUUUUCCUGUGGAGGAGGAUCCAUCAAGGUUCAAGUCUGUGCACUGUCUCCUGUACCCAGACACCCCAUGGUGUCCCCCUCAGGUUGCCUUUUAGGGCGACCGCUCCUUUCUCAUCCUCGUCCCCGUCGUGCCUCGGUAUCUGAAAGGCUCGUGGGGACCAGUGUUUCGUAUUAGACUGCGCCGCUGCUGUGUUGUCGCUGCAGUUGUGUGCGGUCUUUAAUAGUUUUACUGGGCUGCUGUGCGGCCCGCCUCGGGACAAUUGCUUCCUGUGCGGAGCCAGGACCUCACCCCGUGAUGUAGUGGUGGAGGAACCCAGCUCUCGGCAGGAAGUAGCUUUCAGCGUUAAGCUUUGCAGGCAAUCAGUUGAGCUUUGUGAUGUAUAUGUUGCUUGUAAAUGUAUCUGCAAUUCUCAUAGAAUGUAUUGUCAUAUAUUCGAGCCUUUUUGCCAGCUUUACAUUAACUUUUUUCUGUUUUAGCUUUUUAAAAAUGCAAAGCCAUACAGGUCUUUGUUUGUAGGCUUCUAUCACAUAUAAUUGGCUUUGUCAGGCAUUUUGUUUAGAUCUUUUAACUCUGAUGACUCCGGACAAACUCUCUGAUAUGAAGAUGUUUUUGUGUUUUUAAGUUAACAGUGUUAUUUCUCCCAUAAACUGAGCUGGCAGUAGGCAGAUUUCCAAAUGCAUCCUUGGGUGACCUAAUCUGAGGUAUAUCAGGACAAAGCACUUUUCCCUUUUUGAUAUUUUUUGGUGGACUAACCUAAUUUACGUCCUUUAAUGACAUGCCUCAGAUUUGUGUCCAAACUAACAAAACGAAAAAAGAGAAGAAUAACCCCUCAAGAUCUCUAUCUAUUCAUUCUUAUGUAUUUAAUAACACUCCUUGCAUUUGUUACAAUCAGGGAAAAAUAAUGAGUGGAAGAGAUUUUGAUUCGGGGUUACAAUCACCUUUUGAAUUGCUCUUGAAAAUUGUAUUUUGUUUGUUUUGAAAUUGCACAGCUGAGUUUCAAAUGAGCUGAUGUUUGCUCCUGAAGAGACACUCACCUCAAAAGGUUCAUUAGUAAACUAUUAGUGACUUUUAGCUCGGAGAAACCCAUAAGAGCAAAGAAAAAACACAUGGCAUAUUUAUGAUAAUAACCACAUGUGUAAUCUGAGCCACAGUCUAUAAUAGUUUGCACAAAAGACUGAUGAGCCUGUUAUUAUUAACAUUAAUGUUCCUUAUUUACACAUAAUUUUGGCUGGUUAGUGUUGAGGCCUGUGAGGUGAGAGCUUUACAAGAGCAACAUCAGUGCUUCCACAUGGAGGUGUUCACCCCCUCUGUGUUUUCUCCUGCCCAUAUUGGGUCACACUGUACAUGUUGAUUGCAGUAUUGUGUACUGUGCCUUUGUUUGAAUUAGUAGUGAUUGUGUAAUGUUUAGAAUGUAAUGCCCCAUUUUGUGGUUUACACAUGCUUUUAAUGACCCGGACAUGAUUUUUGUACUGCUUUGAACUGUGCUAAAUGACUGUGGUGUUUAUUCUCCAGUAUCUGGAGGGUUCGAACGGUUCAUUCCCAAUACUGGCUUCUCAGGGAUUAUGAGCUGAUCCUGGUAUUAACUACCAUGGGACCCACGAUGGGACCUAAAACUUUGAAUAAAAGUGCAUAACCACUGAGAAACUUAACAUAUUUGGUC